AUGCCAGAGGAGACGAGGAGCCAGAUCAACGAGUGGAUCACGAGCGCGACGGCCGGCCAGAUCAAGGACCUUCUUCCCAUGGGCUACCUCCACCAUGGGACGCCGGCGAUGCUCGCCAACGCACUCUACUUCAAGGGCGUGUGGGAGCGCAACUUUGACGCCUACCUGACGCGGGACGAAACCCUUUUCCUGCACGACGGUUGCGUCGUCCGCAUGCCGUUCAUGUCGAGCACCAGCAAGCAGUGCAUCACCUACCGACCCGGCUACAAGGUCGUGAGGCUUCGCUAUGGGCACCAAGGCCGUGGCGAGCACCGGGUGUUCUCGAUGUACAUCUACCUUCCGGACGCCCACGACGGACUACCGACGCUGCUGCACAAGCUGAGCGCUGACCUGGCGCUGCUCGAGAGCUCCAGAACUCUAACGGACGAGGUCCCCAUGCGCGCGUUCAAGGUUCCCAGGUUCACCGUCGCGUACAAGACGAACACGAGGGAGAUGCUGCUGAACCUCGGACUGCUCCUACCCUUCGAUGGCGACAUAGUGGAGGUGGGGGCGCCGGAGCCGCUCGUCGUGUUUGAUGUCUACCAUGAGUCCUUCGUGGAGGUGAACGAGGAAGGGACCGAGGCAGCCUCCGCGAUCGCUGUCGCUAUGCGCUUCGGGUGCGCGCACCUGGAGGCGCCGGUGGGCUUCGUCGCCGACCACCCAUUCAUGUUCUUGAUCAAGGAGGAACUCAGCGGCGUGGUGGUUUUUGCUGGACAAGCGAUCGACCCAUCGAUUCCUCAGUAA